GAAGAGAGAGAACAUAUCGCCUCUAGCACCAGCAACCCCCAUAGAAGCAGUACGACAACACAUCCCAAACUUCAACCACAAACUCUGGCUCCGACACGGUGUUCUCACACUGUCGCAAGUACUACAGGGCGACAGCCUCAAACCAUUCCCUGA